AGACAUCAUAGUUUUUAGACGAAUAUAGAAUAAACUCGACAUAAUUCACAUUGCACCACCUACCACCACUGUUGACCUUGCUGUUCUUCAUCUGGAUAUCAAUAUCGUCUUGACCUUGCUGGUCAUCUGUAGCUAAAUCAAUAUCGUUCUUCUAGUAGUGCGUCCGCUGGCUCGUUGCACACUAAAAUCAAAAUAAAACAACAAAGUCCUCCAGAAGUCCGCACCGUCGUCGUGGAAAAAGAGAUAAGACUCGUCUAGUAUACACGACAUCAACUCGUGGGAACUGCAACAAGAUGAGUUCCGAAGUCGAGGAAGAGGAGGACGAGGUCGAAGAAAGCCUGGAGCAGGCGAACUUGGGCGUAAUCCCGAAGCACUCACAAUUGCCGGAUGAACGGGAGACCGCGCUCAACACGCCGAACAUCCCCGCGCCGGCAUCGACCGACUUUUCGGAGGCCACCAGCCGCGCGCCCACCGGGACGCUCAGCGUCAAUCUCACGCAGAAGUCGUCCGUGCAAGACAGCGCGCCACCGGAAACGGAGGUACAGAGCGACGACGGCCCAGAACAGGACGAGAAAACAGUACUACAGUGUGAUUUUUAUCGACUUCGCUCGUAACGCUAGAAGUACAGCGACAGCGUUCUUGACACGUAGCACAGUAGUUUCUUAUGCACGCUUCGCAAAGAAUUGGAGAAUUGACUUUGAUUUUUAAGAAAAGAAAAUUACGACAUUUCAGCUCGACGAAGAGGAAGAUUUCGACGAUGAGCACGAUCCGAACGAAUCUGCCUCCCAGGCCAGUGCCCACAUUCCGGAAACGGAUGCGUCGAGCGCGCAGAUUCAAACCGCAUCGCAGUUGUCCCAAUCUCAGUCCCAGUCCCAGUCACAGUAUGCAUUUGCAAAAGCAUCGUACUAAGUAGCACACAUUGGAAUUACAAUUAUUGCACCAUGUUACUAAAUUGUUCAGAAAGAACCAACACAAAGCUUCCACGACUCUACUCAUGGAGAUCCAGCGAAAAAAAAAACUACAACUUAAUUUACUUUGUCAUGUAAUGCUGCAAAGGGAACAAGCGACGCGAGUCCAAGUGCGAUACUUUUGCAAUGGAUACGUAGUCGCAAAGCCCGUCGGAAAUGCAGAAGGGAACGGAAUACAAAUUUAACUUGCCGAUGGAUGACGAGGAGGAGGAGUACGAGCUAAGAAACUGAAAAAUUAUGGAUUCGCAUGCCUGUGGCCGCCCACGGCAUCCAGGAAAUAAAAAAUCAAUAUGAAAUCGUGCCUUUAUCUCCAUAGAAGAACUGAGCGCAACUCUUUUAUGUUGUAAUCGAAUCGCCCACGACCAUUUUUCACAUCAGCCAGAGUCAUCUACACUACUCAUUCCCAUUCGAUGAACACCUUUUUAACGUAGCUAGUAACAGUAGGCACGGACACGAUCAAUGUGUAGUUCUAGAAGUUUGUUGUGGGCGGCUCUUUGGCCAAUUUUGUAGUUUUCCCCGGGAUAGCUAGAAGACGACUACGAAGAAGAAGAUUACGAGGACGAUGAAGACUUCGACGACAGUGACGAGGGAAGCGAUCACGGUAUAAUCAGCUAUUUGUACUUACAUAGGCUAGAAUCUGCUUGAUUAUAUUUUUGACGUUCAUUUUCGUUGGAUUUGUGCUGAUGGUGAUGUGUUGUGGAAGUCGCUUCUGAUACAGACGUACGUUGUGGCAGUUUCUAUCUGCUUUCUGGCCCUCUACGUCUCGUGCUUUGCGCUGCGGAAAGCUCUUCUUGAGAAGCAAUCUUGGGCGCUCUUCUUGAGAACCAAUCUUGGGCAGUUUUUGGUCCCGUGGAAAGACCGCCUCCCGUCGUGUUUCGGGUUGCAAAAAAAAUCGAAACGGCCGCGCUUUUCCCAGAAGCCGGUAUUUUGAGCUAGUUUUUGCUACCGUGGGAAGACGGCCACCCCUCGUGUUUCGGGUCGCCAAAAAAAAUCGAAAAAGCCGCGCUUUUCCCGGAAACCGUUUGAGCUAGUUUUUGCUACCAUGGGAAAACGGCCACCCCUCGCGUUUCGGGUUGCCAAAAAAUUCGAAAAAGCAGCGCUUUUCCCAGAAGCCGUUAGUUUGAGCUAGUUUUUGCUACCGUGGGAAGACGGCCACCCCUCGUGUUUCGGGUUGCCAAAAAAAUCGAAAAAGCAGCGCUUUUCCCAGAAGCCGUUUCGGCUAGUGCUUUUUGCUGCCGUGGGAAGACGGCCACCCGUCGUGUUUCGGGUUGCCAAAAAGUCGAAAAAGCAGCACUUUUCCCAGCAACUGUUAACUAUGGCUAGUUUUUGCUAGCGUGGGAAGACGGCCACCCGUCGUGUUUCGGGUUGCCAAAAGAAUCGAAAAAGACGCGCUUUUCGCAGAAGCUGUUAUGCCUAGUUUUUGCGAGCGUGGGAAGACGGCCACCCGUCGUGUUUCGAAUUGCCAAAAGCUCGAAAAAGCAGCGCUUUUCCCAGAAGCCGUUUCGGCUAGUGCUUUUUGCUGCCGUGGGAAGACGGCCACCCGUCGUGUUUCGGGUUGCCAAAAGAGUCGAAAAAGAAGCGCUUUCCGCAGAACCUGUUAUGGCUAGUUUUUGCUAGCGUGGGAAGACGGCCACCCGUCGUGUUUCGGGUUGCCAAAAGCUCGAAAAAGCAGCGCUUUUCCCAGCAGCGGUUUCGGCUAGUGUUUUUUGCUGCCGUGGGAAGACGGCCACCCGCCGUGUUUCGGGUCGCCAAAAAGUCGAAAAAGCAGCACUUUUAACAGAAACUGUUAUGGCUAGUUUUUGCUAGCGUGGGAAGACGGCCACCCGUCGUGUUUCGGGUUGCCAAAAGAGUCGAAAAAGAAGCGCUUUUCGCAGAAGCUGUUAUGGCUAGUUUUUGCUAGCGUGGGAAGACGGCCACCCGUCGUGUUUCGGGUAGUUGCCAAAAGCUCGAAAAAGCAGCGCUUUUCCCAAAAGCCUUUUCGGCUAGUGCUUUUUGCUGCCGUGGGAAGACGGCCACACGUCGUGUUUCGGGUUGCCUAAAAGUCGAAAAAGCAGCACUUUUCCCAGAAGCGGUUUCGGCUAGUGCUUUUUGCUGCCGUGGGAAGACGGCCACCCGUCGUGUUUCGGGUUGCCAAAAGAGGCGAAAAAGAACCGCUUCUCGCAGUAGCUGUCAUGGCUAGUUUUUGCUAGCGUGGGAAGACGGCCACCCGUCGUGUUUCGGGUUGCCAAAAGCUCGAAAAAGCAGCGCUUUUCCCAGAAGCUGUCUCGGCUAGUGUUUUUUGCUGCCGUGGGAAGACAGCCACCCCUCGUGUUUCGGGUUGCCAAAAAAUUCGAAAAAGUAGCGCUUUUCCCAGAAGCCGUUACUUUGAGCUAGUUUUUGCUACUGUGGGAAGACGGCCACCCCUCGUGUUUCGGGUUUCCAAAAAAUUCGAAAAAGCAGCGCUUUUCCCCGAAACCGUUUGAGCUAGUUUUUGCUACCUUGGGAAGUCGGCCACCCCUCGUGUUUCGGGUUGCCAAGAAAAUCAAAAAAGCAGCGCUUUUCCCAGAAGCCGUCUGAGCUAGUUUUUGCUACCGUGGGAAGUCGGCCACACCUCGUGUUUCGGGUUGCCAAAAAAAUCAAAAAAGCAGCGCUUUUGCCAGAAGCAGUUUGAGCUAGUUUUUGCUACCGUGGGAAGUCGGCCACCCCUCGUGUUUCGGGUUGCCAAAAAAAUCAAAAAAGCAGCGCUUUUCCCAGAAGCCGUUCGUUUGAGCUAGUUUUUGCUACCGCGGAAAGACGGCCACCCCUCGUGUUUUGGGUUGCCAAAAAAAUCGAAAAAGCAGCGCUUUUCCCAGAAACCCUCUGAGCUAGUUUUUGCUACCGUGGGAAGUCGGCCACCCCUCGUGUUUCGGAUUGCCAAAAUGUCGAAAAAGAAGCGCUCUUCCGAGAUGCCGUUUUGUUUAGUUUUUGCCCCCGUGGGAAGACGGCUUUCCCCCGUGUUUCGGGUUGGCAAAGAGGGGGAGAAGCAGCGCUACUCCCAGAUGUAGGCGUUUUAGCAGGUUUUUGCUACUGUGAGAAGGCAGCCUUCCGUCGUGUUUUGGGUUGCCAAAAAGAAGAAAAAGCAGCGCUUCUUCCAGAAGUCGUUAUUUUGGUUAGCUCUUGCCACCGCGAGAAGACAGCGCACCAGAGAAAAAGAACAGAUAUCGAGCAAGCACUUUUGCUGCAAUAAAAAUGAAAUUUUGAAAUUUCGCGGAUUUUGAAUCUUCAUGAAAAUAAAAUUUUAAAAUUUCGCGGAUUUCGAAUCUGCAUAAAAGUAAAACUAUCGAAAUUUCGGUUUCGCGGACUAUGAUACUUGAAAAGUAGAACUUCACAAAGAGCACACUACCAGUAUGCAAAUAAAAAUAAAACUUUAUUGAAAGUCGCGGAUUUUCAUUUUGUAAAUCGAUAAAAAUAAAAUUUUGAAAUUUCGUUGAUUCUUCUUUUUGGAGGACUUAUGAUAACUGAGAAGCUUCUUCAGAUGAAGAUGCCGAUGCACGUAUAAGCUCUUGGCGGAGGUGGGGGCAUUGAAGGAGAUAUCGAUCACGCACAUAGGCUCUGCUAUUUGCAGCUCUUCACGGAUUUCCGAAGCUAAUUUACCUUUUCAACCCCGAGACGGACCAGCAAUAGAAAUACGCACAUGAUGACGACCGACAUCUUCACUCACGCAAACAACGGCAGCGGCUGUGCCAACGAUCUCCAACCCGAUUAUCAAGAAUAUCGAUAACCAACAUCAUAAUCUCGAAGAGCUGGUGCUCAUGAUGACAAUCAAAAUGUUGUUCGCAACAUAAAAUGUAUACAACACGACCACAUUAUCUUAACGACAGAUCCCCGUGCGAUGGAAGGCCUUCCCGAGGGUGUUCUGCCCUUCCAGCCGGUCAUCACGGAAGCGCUGCUCCAGAGAUAUCACAAGGAAAAGUGUUAGCAUUAACGGUUUCGUUUCACAGAUUGCAGUCAUGCAUCACAAAUGUAGCCCAAUUAUAUGCAUUCUAUGCAUUGGGUGUUUUGUGAUGCAUUGCUGCAUCACAAAUUCCGUUAAGAUUAACACUUUUUGCUGUGAUAAUAGGGGAGGGUUGAACAUGAUGGCCCCCGACCAGAUGACAGACGCCGAAUACAUUGACCGCAUUCUGGACCCGGUGCUGCGCCCGCUGAUCGACGACCUGUCCAAGCGGAUGCCCCAAAACCCCAUGGCCUACAUCCGGAGAUGGGUAAUAUCGUAUUUUUGGUAGAGAAGGUCUAUAUUGGAAUUGAAGACCUCGUGCUCGCCAUGCUCAUGCGUUUUAGCACCUGCAGUGCAUCGAAGUAGCUAAUUGUAGCAUGACAAGUUCGCUAUGAGUUUGUUGGCAGUCUCUUUAUCAGUAUUCGAAAGAAACAACCAUUCAAAAUCGUCCCGCCAAAAACUACAGCUCCAACGCCCGCCCCCCUUAAACGCCACGAUCUACGACCGACGGCGGUACUACGACCGCACCCUGGCGCCGAUCAUCCACAGUUUGCUAGAGGAAGCGUUGAAGCGCCGCCCCGCCGACAUUCUCCGUUGGCUCCGGGAUUUGAUGAAUCAGGCGGGGUUGCGGAACGACGGCUUCGACCCGGCGACGGGGGAGGCACCGUUACCCUACCGCGACUACGUGGCCAGUGACGAGACCAUGCUGCGGCUGCUGAAAGCGGCGAUCAAUAACGCAAACCCGCCCAGGGUAUUGGAACUGCUGGUGCACAGGAGAGUUUUAUUUGCAUCUGAAAAAAAACUAAAAUCGGAAUGAAACCACCACACUUUUCUACCUCGCCGGUAACAACCUCUUGCAUGAUCACAAAAGCACAGUUAUAAGACAAAUGGAAUGUUGACUUUUUGAUAUCUUCACACAUGACAGAUCGGCGGCAGCGGUCUUCGCCAGCAGGUCGAAGCGAUCUUGAAGGAGAAAAACGCGGACAAGAAACUUCCCCCCGGCGUGGCCGAGCGGCUGAAGAUGCACAACCAGUUUCUGGACGCGGCCACGGGCGGGAAGGGCAAAUCCGCGGGGGGCGCGGGAACCGGGGGCGCGGGUGGCGGUGACCGCGAGGCCGUCGCGGAGGAGCUGCUGCGGCUGGGGAACCAGCUGCUAGGCCGCGAGGGCUCCGCGCAGUACGGAGCGAGCAUGCAGGGCGGCUACAGCCUCGGCGAACCGUUGAUUGCGAAGGCCGAAGCGAUGGAUGCCGCGAGCAAAAUCCACCGGGGCGCGUCCUUCACCCCCCUGUCAAACAAGCCGCCCGGGGAGAAGUCAAACUGGCUUCCCGACCCCGGCCCGGAGGGUCCGCACGCGCCCUACGGAACGGGCACCCCGCCGUUGCGCGGAGUCGUGACCACGCCGGGGCGGUUCCGGUCGGGGGGGCCCCCCGCCCCCGGAACCGAUGGCGAGGUACCGAAGUACGACAUCUUCCAGCUCCGCGAGCCGUAUGACAUCGAUGGCCAGGCGGACCGGCGCCGGCGGGAUUUGAUGCGACAAGCAGACGACAUAUACGAGGACCACUUUCACCACCAAUUUGGCCACCGCGACAUCAACUUUUCACAAAACAUGGCGGUCGGAGAGAGCCGACUGCAAAACGCGACGACGAAUCCGUACACAUUUUAUCAGGAGCCGAAAAGCGGGCUAGCAGCCGGGGGGAACAAGGUCAAGCUGGCUGUAGCCGCUGGCGGACCUCCUGCUGCGCAUCAACAACUACAGGCUGCUAUGCCCGAUAAGACCGGAGCAGGAGGUGGCUCACCGUCUCGAAGCAGCAGCCCCGGUGGUCCAGGGAGUGGGAAAAUGAAAGCAAAAAUUGCUGUGGAUCAUGUUAACCAGCAGUCAGUGAGGAAGAAGUCCACGAACGUCCGUGCAAACCCCAACGUGAAAAUGGCGAAGAACGACAAACAUUCGGGUACGACGUCGGUGAACAAGCAGCAGCAAGAAGGAAUAACAAAGACCAAGAACACGACCAAAAGCUCCUCUCCAAGCUCUAAAGGGACAGCAGCAGCAGCAGCAGCUCCACCCCGUGUUUCGUCCUCCGACGAUAGCGAAUUCGUUUUCGAAGCUUUCAAGAGUAGUCUCGCAGCGGCGAGGAGGACCCACAGCAGCUCCGGUGGGGGCUUGAUAAACAAACCCAUGUCGGCGGCUGCCGCGAUGGCACCGUUUAGAGGGUUAAGUUCCUCGAAUGGGAGUACUAGUUCAUCAUCAACUACAGCAGGUCCACCUCGUGGAGGGGCAACUACAUCCUCUCAUGGUCCUGUCGUGCCGCCAGUUCCCGUCUCCGAAAUAGACCCGCGGCAGAUUGCUGCAAAACGCGACAGGAUUGGUCCGCUGUCCAACCGGUUGGAACUGUCGCAACGGUUGCAGCAAAAACUCGGCGAAUUCACCGCGGAGAUGGAACAUUUGGUCAGCUCGAAAUCGAAGCUGGAACAGGAAGAGAAGAUGAAUAAAACGGCUUCUUCUGCCGGUUCGCUUGCGAAGGGAGCUGCCGCAGCUGCGGCGGAAGCGGACCGGUUUGCUGCCAUCAUGGCCGCGUCCAAGAAAGCAACGGAAAAACGGAUCACCGAGGAAAGGAGGCAAAGGCAUAUCAGUGCAGCUUCAGCUAGUACAAUUUCAAGCGCUACUGCGGCACAGCACAUCAGGGGGGAGAACCACAAUACGAGGACAGCUACAAACGUCGGUGAACAAACAGUUCCGGCUUCCGCCUCCAUGCUCUCUGCCAUUCACAUCUACGAGAGUAAUGAUGAAGAGAACUACACGAACACGACGCGGGAAGCUCAAGCUUCUAGGAUCAGGGCACCGUCUCCGUCUUCUACAAGCACGAACAAGCUUACUUUCUAUCCCGACCCCCGAACUGCUACUACUAGUAGUGGCGCAACAAGUGCAGCUGACCGGAGAAAAAAAAUCGUGGAGCGUGCAAAGAAUCCAGGCGCAGAACAGGAGCGCAGUGGCGGAGCGGCUGUUGCUUCUCGAGCAAACUUCGUCGCGAGACCAAGUAUCCCGGACAAGGGCAAGGGCGCCUACCUCGUGCGCGCCGGAGGGCAGCACUCCUCGCGCGUUGCCAGCGGGUUUUACGAGGUGUGGCUCCCUGGAACAGCAGAGAUUUUGAAGGAAUCUACUUCCGCUUUGGAAUUGGUUUGCUUCAUCAAACCGAAGCGCAUGCCGCCAAAGUUCAAGUUCCCCGACGCAAGCCGCGGAGAGGACAGCAUGCGCAAGGCGAUGCUGGUGCAGCCGCUGACCGCAAACGCAACGCAGGCGGUGGCGAUGUUUCUCCGGCGGAUACAGCGGAACUUCGGCCUGGAAGCUGUGAGCCUGCUGGCUGAUAAUGAUGUUGUAUGAGAGUGCACCGCAACUCCGCGGCCUCUCCCUCAUUUGUAAUGCAAAAUACCAAGUCCACCUCCAGGACCAGCUCCACACACACGCUUUCGCUUUGUCCCUUGGCACUGUGUGCAUGACAAGUUCUGGCAGAGGCAGCCCAAGCAGCACUACAAUCUUGUGGUGGAAAUUCGUGAUGCAAAGCCUGCAGUUUUGUUCGUUGUUUGUAUUGCUGGUCAUGCCUUACAAAUGAGGGGGAGGGGGGAUUGUGCACUCUCAUAUGUUGCUGGCGAAAACAGCAGCAUGACAACCACACACCUCGCGGAGGUUCUUUCCGUGGCAGCUUCAAGUCCGGAUCAUGGCGGGAUGAUGAGGCCGUCGUCGUCCUUGGCGGGAGCUUCAGGCGCGAGUAGUAGAACAUCAACUGUGGGGAGACUUUCCCGGGAAGUGGAAAAUUUGGUAGAGAAUUCCGUGCCGUAUCUGGUGAUUCUUCCAGGCCACGUGACGAUCCCGGCCGAUUUCAAGCACGUGCUGCGAAGUCGUCGCGAGUGGACCGAUUUCGCUUGUGGGUGUGGCGGAGAUUUUCUGAGUUUAGAAUCUUCGAGCGGACCGUGAACGACCUGCAGCUUCAGUUUGUUCGUGAGGCUGCGUUUUGACAGCACCACGGCCAAAAACAAUGAAGACACAACGAACUACAAUUCUAGUCUCUGUAUGAUCAUUUCCAUUUACGUCGAAGACUCGGUGGUACCGAUAAGUUUCUACAAGCUGAUGAAUCUCAAAUGCAUAUUUCGUACUGCGAGAUGUUUUUUCAACAAAAAUGUGAGGAUUUGAUUUCGUCGACGGUGCUUGCCGAAGCAAAGUAAACAGCCAAGCUAUGUGAAACCAAAAAAGUCAAAUGUAACUACUUCAUCUAGCAGCAAGAUUUAACAACUACCCGUCGACAUCGUCGUUUCAAAAUAAAUGAAAUUCAAAAGUCCCAUAAGGGAUUGCUGCUGCAGUACAAAUACUACAAGA